AUGGGUGACUUAGUAAGUGAGAAAAUAUGCACAGACAUGAGGCAGGCAGGUGCAUUUUCUAUCCUUGUUGAUGAAACAAAGGACAUUGCUAAGAUUGAACAGGUUGCACUAGUUAUUCGAUAUGUUAAACCAACCAGAAGUGAAAUACAUAAAAGAUUUUUGAUGUAUGUUAAAGCCUCAAGCUUAAAUGCCAAAUCUAUGACAGAAUAUAUUACAAGUACAUUAGAAAAAUAUCACUUAGACGUACAGAAAGUGGUGUCACAAGGAUAUGAUGGCACCAGUGUGAUGUAUGGGAGCUGUACUGGGGUACAAAGAUGGAUUUUUGAAAUAGUACCACAAGCUAUAUAUGUUCAUUGUUUUGCUCAUGUUUUGAACUUGGUUCUAGUUGACUGCUCCAAAAAAGUUUCUCAUGCGGGGAAAUUUUUUGCUCUAUUGGAAAGCUUAUACCUCUUCUUAUCUUCUGCAAAAGCUCAUACUCUUUUUGCAAAGAACCAAGAAGUGCUUUAUCCUUCAGAGCCUAAACUGGAAUAA